AUGGCCGACGUGACUCCCCAGAAGCGAGCACUUCCCGCUCGAGAGCGACGAGAAUCUGCAGCGAAGCGAAGAGCCUUGUCGCCGGCGCAACCUCCUCCGAACACGUCCCCUCCCAUCGAUCCCAAACCAUCAACGGCCGCCGCCACGCCAGCUACUGGCCGAAAGACGGGGUACACACGCGGGCCGUACAAGAAGCGAGCCAGCUUAAUCCAGGCUCAGACUCCCACCUCAGGUUCCCGCUCAUCACCUUCAGUCUCCACCUCCGUAGAUGCCUUGCCUACCCGUGUUGUGGCGCACAAGCCGUUACCUACGACGAAAGAAAAGCCCCCUUCGAAACUGUCCCUCAAAGAGUACCUGUCUAUUGCUGAGAGCACCAUUCUGGCCGCGUCCUUGUACCAAUCCCGCAUACAAUGGCUGUAUAAUGGCGUCUUCCAGAAGUACUAUGUCAAGAAGAGGAAGGGCGUCGAGGUGCCUCCCAGUAACCCAGAUAUCAAGUCAAUGCAGCGCUUGGGCCCUGCCACAAUAACCGUCGAACCCCAUACCUUUGAUGUUAUGUUUUACGUGGUCAAGGAUGCUACGGUACCUCUGCCCUACCCACGUCAUGCAAAUCAGCACACCGUCAAACAGAUGGGCCCUCCGUCGCACCCUCCGCCAUAUACUGGCCUCCCUCCCCAGGCUCCAUACCAACAGCACCAGACCCCACCGACUGUGUCCAAUCGCCCUUCGGCCACCAUGCCUCCCACCCCUAAGCCUGUGCCUACACAAGAGCCUCCACCUCCAAAAGCCACCGAGAAUGGCGCUCCCAAAGGGUCCAAACACGAAAAUAAUGCUCACCCUGCAUCCGUUAAUCUUCCGGCAGCACAGACGCCAAAUGAGAGGCAAACUCAAGCACCACAACCUGGUCCAAAGCCCAGUCCAGCAGCCGCAGGGAAAGGAAGUACGCAAGAUCCGGUGAUCCAGAUGCUAGCUGCGCGCGCUGCGUCAGACCCACAGUUGAAGGAGUUGAUGAAGGUUGUGGCUACCUCCAGGGCGUCGCCGGAACAGUUGAAGGAGUUCCAAUCCCACAUCGACGAGUUCAACGAGGUCAUUCGGCGGCAGGAAGCUGCGCGAGUUGCCAAGAAAGAAGGAACCCCCAGCCAGCCGUCGUCGACUAAGCCUGUACCGGAAGCCUCUCAACCUGCACCCGAUAUGCAAUCCACGCCCGCUAUACCGAGUUCACCAGCUGGACCGGCAGCAACCAUGCCAUCUACACAACCUACUGUGCAAAGUGCUCCUCGAACGCAGCCACUUCAGUCGGGCCCGGCUUCCACCCCCGCAGGCCCACCGCCAGCAGCAGCAGCGUUACCCGGAGUGGUGCACACAUUUCGAAAUCCCCCUGCGCCGCUUGGCCGUGGAGGUCCAUUAGCUGGCUAUGGUGGGUAUGCAGCUCCACCUCCGGGCCGACCAGAGCCCUUCAUCAAGCAUGUUGUCCUGGAAUUUACCAGUGUGCCCGCAGGCGGUCUGGCUGCUUGUCCAGACAGAUGGUUGUUUCCCGAGCAUGCAGUGCUGGACAUGCGGCCGAAUGGACUGGACAUGAUCUGCUCCUUCUUGGUAGAACUCCAAGGUUCGCAGAUCAUGUCCUGGGCGGGCGCUGGGUCUUCUGCAGGUAAAGGUGAUUCGGAAGGCAAGUGGCAAGCAGACCAAGAAUAUUAUCAGCCAGUGACCAUGACGGUCAGAGCGCGAGAUCACAAAGUCAUCCAGACGAUCGCCAAAGCCGCGAAGACACUCCCGGCAGUCCAAGAGUACAUGAAGGAAGUGAUGAGCAAGAAACAGCGGGCCCCGGUGGAAUAUCUGGUGCAUCGAUUGCCACGCGAAAGGAGCCAUGUGGGCGCGGAAGACACGGAGACGGGGUUUGUGGACAGCGGCGUGGAACUUGGCAGCGAUGCUGCGUCAGAAGACGACGACUUGAAGGACUGGUAUGGCAUAUGA